AUGGCGUCCAAGGUAAAGCAGGACGGCAAGACGCCGACCUCAGCGGCCACGAACCUCAUUGCUGGUGGAGGUGCUGGGAUGAUGGAGGCGUUGGCGUGUCAUCCCCUCGACACGAUCAAGGUCCGGAUGCAGCUGUCGCGGCGCGCGAGGCAGCCCGGCGCACCCAAGCGCGGCUUCAUCCGCACAGGUGUCGAGAUCGUCAAGAAGGAGACGCCGCUGGGCCUGUACAAGGGUCUCGGCGCCGUGCUGACGGGCAUCGUACCCAAGAUGGCCAUUCGGUUCACGAGCUUCGAGGGUUACAAACAGGCGCUGGCGGAUAAGCAGACGGGCGUGGUCAGCGGCCAGGCAACGUUUAUGGCCGGUCUCGCUGCCGGUGUCACGGAGGCCGUGGCCGUUGUGACGCCGAUGGAGGUCAUCAAGAUCCGCCUCCAGGCGCAGCACCACAGCAUGGCCGACCCGCUCGAUAUUCCCAAGUACCGCAACGCGGCGCACGCGCUAUACACGGUCGUCAAGGAGGAGGGCUUUGGCGCGCUGUACCGCGGCGUGUCGCUGACGGCGCUGCGGCAGGGCAGCAAUCAGGCCGUCAACUUCACGGCCUACUCAUACUUCAAGGAGGCGCUGAAGAAGUACCAGCCCGAGUUCGAAGGCACGACGCUGCCCGGCUGGCAGACAACCUUCAUCGGGCUCUUCAGUGGCGCCAUGGGGCCCCUGAGCAACGCGCCCAUCGAUACCAUCAAGACGAGAUUGCAAAAGACUCCGGCCGAGUACGGUACGAGCGCUUGGAGUCGGAUUGCCAAGAUCUCUAGUGACAUGUUCAAACAAGAAGGGUUCCAUGCCUUCUACAAGGGCAUCACGCCGCGCAUCAUGCGCGUCGCGCCCGGCCAGGCCGUGACGUUCACAGUCUACGAAUUCCUCAAGGAGAAGUUGGAGAAGAGCAACCUCGCCUUUACCGGGGGUAAUUUCGAGGAGUAG